CAGGCAGAUAGUAAAUUGAUAAUGUUAUCAUUUUAUCAGUAAAACAAGUAGAACAAACUCAUCCGCAUACACGCUCAGUAAUCAGCGUCACUGUAAACAAUGGGAUUUUCAUAUGUGUGUGUGGCUUGCUCGUUUGGUUGACAAUCGCGAUGUGUAUUCUACAUCGUCGCAUGCUGAGUUAUAUUUUCAACAAAAUCUUUUAAUUUUUGUAUUAGUUAGUCGAUUAAUUUCUAAAUGUUUUCUUUCAUUGUGACUGCCUUUCUGUGUUUUGAUUUCUAAAUAUGUGUAAUUUGCCGCCGAAGUUCCAUUCAGUGUGUCGCCUUUGUUUAUCAUUCUGUGGCGAUAAUUGCAGUGAUGUUAAACUUCCAAUAUUCGACCGUGAUAAGGAUAAAUCUCGACUUUCGGAUAUGAUAAUGACAUAUUUGUCCAUAAUGGUAUCUCCGGCGGACUUGCUCCCCCAGGUGGUGUGUGGGAGUUGUGCACACAAGCUUGAUGAGUUCCACACCUUCAGAGAGUUGUCACACAAAUCAGAAAGGCUUCUGGAACAGUUCCUUCAGUAUGCCAAUUCACUUUCAGGCCCAAAAGAGGACAUCCUGAACAUAACCGCCUGCAAGUUAGAGGAGAUCAUCAAGCCGCUAAACGAUGACGAGUACCUGCUCGACAAACACAAAUACGACACCGGGUCGCCGGACUCUACGGAGGAGAUGAAGAACUUGGAGAGCCGGCAGGCGGCGGUCACACUUUUACAAAUUAAAAAUUACGACCCGAACAAAUACGCUGUUAAAGCCGCGGAGGACCAUCAUAUAGUUUUCAACAGCGUGCCGAGCUUACCGCCUUCGGAGCGAGCGAGAGAAGUGAUGCACUGUAAUGCCGUCAUCGACAUCAUAAGCAAGGCCGUAGCAGUAGCACAGCGAGAGAACGAGGAAUCUCACAAAUAUCCACCGAAUUAUUCAACCGUUAUCGAGCGGUCGAACCCGAACGAAGUCAACUACACGCACGAAUACCCGGAAGAGCAGUACAGCAAUGCUUACAGCGCGCUGCCCGCGCCCAGUCCCGGCAGCCACGAGGACCAGGAACAUAAAGAAAUGGAUUUGUCAUUGUAUGGAGGCGUUAAGAGCGAGCCUGUCGACCAAACUGAGCCCGCAGAGCAUCAAAACUCGUACUUCCACAAAGCGCUUAGCCACAAGCAAUCAAACUUCUCCGAGGAGUACAAGCAGCACGUGUUCGGGCGGUCAGGGAACAAGAAGUCGCGGGACUCGUCGGUGUACGAGGAGUGCAGCCAGAGCAGUAGCGGCUCCGACCCCGACCGGCUGCAGAUGGAUAUCUCACAGAUGUCGCAGGACGACCCAGAGGAAACGCAGUCGGCGAGAUCGGCGCAGUCGUCGCCGCAGCCGCGGCAAGAGGGAGACGGCGAUAAGGACACUCUCUGGCAAGCCCUUAACAGACAAAAUGGCCGUGGCGGGGAAGCGACCCAACUACUGAAACGGCUCAUCAACAGCAAGCACCUCGGGAUGACAGUGUCGCCUCUGCGGGCGUCCACCUCGCCCAUGCCGCUGCCCGUGCCCAAUGGCGCGCAUUCACCGAACGGCGAAUGGCAGUCUCGAGGGGCGGGUCCGGCCGGCACGGCGCGCAGGAAGCAGAGCUUCCCGGCGCGCGCGCAACCCGCCCCCGCGCCUGCGCACAACGACGCGCCGCACUGGCCAGCCGCGCCGGACAACCAAGAGGCGUCGGACACGUCGACGGGGUCCCGCGGGGCGGCGCGCGUGGAGCUGUCGUGCAGCAACUGCGGCACGCACACGACCACGAUCUGGCGGCGCGACGCGCGCGGCGAGAUGGUGUGCAACGCGUGCGGGCUCUACUACAAGCUGCACGGCGUGCCGCGCCCCACCGCCAUGCGCCGCGACACCAUACACACGCGCCGCCGCCGCCCGAGACACGACAAGCAGCGCAACAAAUCCCGACGCGGAGCCAACACGUGCUCGGAGCCGGCGGAGCCUCCGGUGGCGGCCGAGGGCGCGCCCGAGGAGGCGGUGCUGGCGGCGCUGCGGCGGCAGCUGCAGCCGCACCUGCUGGCCGCGCUGCACGCGCAGAACACGCGCCCGCAGGUCGGUCGCAGCGCCCCCGAGUACGACGAAGCCCCGCUGAACCUCGUGGCCUCGCACGCCGCGGCCGAGGAGACGCACUGACUGCCGUCUGUGAUACCGCGGACCUAGGACCCGCCCGACACUCGCUAACUGCUGAAUCAGGUGUUUGC